AUGGCUUCUUCAAUCUCCCUCCUUCUCAUCAAACGCAUCUCUCUCCUCCACGUAAAACCUAAAAGCCGCCGACUUUUCCAACAAUUCAUCGGAAAAUCACUCUCUACUUCAGCACAGAGCAACCCUAACACAACCCCUGAGCAAAACCACAAACCUUCCUCUCUCUCUUCUCGUCUCAGCUUCGUGUUCGAUCAAAUCGAUGCGAUUGAGAAACGUCACUCUGAGCAAGACGAAACCCUCGAGCGUAUCCGUGCUUGGCGUCAAUCAAAACAAACACCUUCUUCUCCUGCUGCUCGACAAGAUCCGGAUCCUGUAGAACUUAGAUCCGAAUCGGCCGGGUCCAAUGAGAAACCGGACUCUGCUGAGUUGACUCAAUCGAGUUCGGGCGAGCUGAGUAAGGAGAAGAAAGGUGUGGUUGAGCUUGUGCAUCCAUGGCCUGAGUGGAUGGAGCUAAUGGAGAGGUUGGUGAAGCAGAAUUACUUUGAUCAUAGGAGACAAAGAGACGAAGAAGACGAGAUGGUUCAAAGUUUGGGGAUUGAUGUGUCAUCAUCAUCAUCAAAUGUUGGAUUGAGUGAAGAAGAAAAUGUUGGAGUUGCUCUGUUUCAGGAUUUCAGAGCUGUUCAAAACGCUUGUGUCAAUUUCGGAAAGGACCGUUUUGAUAUCCUAAGGUCAUUGUCGAGAAAUGACAUUCAAAUCCUUGUCGGACAUGGAUGCCCAGCGACUGAUAGAAAAGUGGUUUUCUCAGGGAAACUACUGAGGAAGCGUGUUCAUCUCGAUGAAGGAGAUGUCUGCAGUUCCUGCAGCUUAAGGAACUCAUGCGAGAAGGCGUUUUUGGUGACAAACAAAGAGGACGAGGCUCGAACACUUGACCUCAUGCGCAUUUUGUUCACCUAUGGUUUCGACCCGUUGAGUGAUACAGUGACCAACAAAAGUCUCCUCAAGAAGAAGUCUGUUAAGACUGUGGUGCGUAAACUGUUGCAUGAGAUUGUCAAGUUAAGCGCUGUGCCAAUAGAUCCUAAUCUUACUCCACCAGUUCUCAAGAAAGCUCCUCCUAAAGUCAAGCAGCCACCACCACCUCCUAAAAGACGCGUUGGCCGUGAUGAUAUUGAGAUGAAGAAAGGAGACUGGCUUUGCCCAAAGUGUGAUUUCAUGAACUUUGCAAAGAACACCAUUUGCUUACAGUGUGAUGCAAAGAGGCCAAAGAGACAGCUCCUUCCUGGAGAAUGGGAAUGCCCUGAAUGCAACUUCUUGAACUACAGGAGAAACAUGGCAUGUUUUCAUUGUGAUUGCAAGCGUCCACAGGAUGCUUUCUUAGAGAACAAAGAACAAGAAACGCAUCACCGCUUCACUGAAUCACAAACAGAUAGGGCUGUGAAGCGGGAUGAUGUUUCCAAUGCCUGGAACUUCGAUUUUGAUGACGAUGAAUCAGACGGUGCAGAAGUUGCUGCGUUUGAAUACGCAGAUUCGACGAGAAAGAACGAAAACUUCACCCGGGAAGGUUUGAGAGAUCCUGAAGAUGAAGAGUUUGGUAAUCUUCCUCCAGGAGCAAGAGAAAGCUCUGAUCUUGGCAGCAGUAGGAGCAGGAAACCUGGUGCUGGGUUUGAUGAUUUUGACGAUGAAGAUGACGUUGAUAGCUAUGAGAUAGACGAAACUGGAGAUAGAGAAGGUCCAGUAGCAAGAACUCGAUCUUUUGUUGCUUCUGAAGAAGUCUCAGAGGAUGAUGAAAUGUUUCCUGAACACAGAGGAGGAAGUUCAAAGCUUCACAACAGUAGAAACAACAAGCAUGGAAAUGGUAAAGGAGGUUUCUCUAGGGAUGGUGAUGAUGAUGAGCUCGGUUUCAGCUCAGAUGAUGAAAACUCUGUCACUCCAAGGUGGAAAUCAAGCCAUGUUGCUUCCACACAGAGAGGUCCUUCUUUCAAGAAGAUGAGUUUUGGUUCGGACGAUGAUUCUGAUGUGGAGGACGAUGGUCCAAGGUCGGGUUUAAGGCGUGGGGGCCAACGAAACAACGAUGCAAGAAGAGGGUUUAAGGGUAAAAGAAGCUCAUACUCAGCUUCAGAGUCUGAUGAUGAUGACAUGGAUGAUCAAGCUUCCAGAGGGUCAAGUUUCUCAAGAGGGAGCAGAGGAGGAAGAACGAGAGGCGGACGUGGUGGUUUCAACGAUAGUUUUGCCUCUGAUAGCUACAGGGGAUCAAGUGGCUUCUCGGGUAAUAGGUCAAGAGGGAGAGGAGGAAGAACAGGAGGCAGUAGAAGGAGUGGUUUUGAUAGUGACGGCGAAGAUUACAGAGGGUCAAGUUCCUCAAGAGGGAACAGAGAAGAUAGUGGCGGGUUUGGGGGAAGAAUGGGAAGCAGAAGAGGCGGUUUUGAUGAUGAGUUUGGUAGAAAGAGCAGUAGCCGAGGAGGACGAGGUUCAGGGAGUUUCAGGGGAUCAGACAGAGGAGGAAGAGGAAGAGGAGGAGGAGGAAGAGGAGGUGGAGGAGGAAACCGGCGUGAGCAGAGUGAUGGUAGAGAUACAGACGUUGGAGAUUUCAGAAACAGUAGAAGAGUUAUUGAGAGAUAG